ACAAAAAUGGAGGCUGCCAACGAAGUGGUAAACUUGUUUGCUUCUCAAGCUACCACUCCUUCAUCACUAGAUGCAGUAACCACGCUUGAAACAGUAUCCACCCCAACAUUCAUUUUCCCAGAAGUCUCCGAUUCUCAAAUUCUUCAACUUAUGCCUGCCACGUUGUAUAGUGGGAUGAACUGGUUAAGGGAUCAUCUUGAUGGUUUUUCAUUACUUGCUCUCUCUGGAUGUAUAUUUGUAUCAGUUUUAUAUCUUGUUCAUAUCAUUGCGUUUUUUUAUUCAAUAUACCGGUUGCACCAUAAAGUUGAACCUGAUCCAACACUGCCUGGAGUUUCAGUGAUAAAACCAAUUGUUGGAACUGACAAGAAUCUCUAUCAAAAUUUGGAAUCUUUCUUCACAAGUCAAUACCAUUCUUUCGAGCUUUUAUUCUGCUUCCAUUCGGAAGAAGAUGAAGCAAUUGAAGUUGUACGAAGUCUUAUCAAAAAACAUCCUAACAUUGAAGCAAAGAUUUUAUUUGAAGGCGAGCCGGUUGGCAUGAACCCGAAAGUCAACAAUAUGAUGCCGGCUUAUCGAGCUGCACGUUACCCACUUGUCCUAAUCAGUGAUAGUGCGAUUUUUAUGAGACCCGAUGGAAUUCUCGAUAUGGCGACAACAAUGAUGAGUCACGAGAAGAUGGCGUCAGUCACGCAAAUUCCAUACUGCAAGGAUCGGCAAGGGUUUCAUGCAGCGUUUGAACAGAUAUUCUUCGGUACCUCCCACGCCCGCCUCUACCUUGUCGGGAACUUUCUCGGCGUUGUAUGUUCGUCGGGGAUGUCAUCAAUGAUGAAAAAGUCGGCUCUAGAUGAGUGUGGUGGAAUGGAAAAGUUUGGAGAAUACCUGGCUGAAGACUAUUUCUUCGCGAAAGCUCUCACCAGUCGUGGAUGCAAAGCUGCAAUCUCCACACAUCCAGCUCUUCAGAACUCUGCGUCGGUUACCGUACUGUCAUUUUUCAAUCGGAUCGGAAGAUGGAUCAAGCUUCGAAUUGCAAUGAUGCCGCAUCUUAUGGUUGUUGAGCCAUUGCAGGACUGCGUAACAUCUGGCUUGAUUAUGGCGUUUGGUCUGAACUAUUUGGGUGGAUACAGCGUUUAUAAGACAUUUGGUUUGCACUUGUUUUAUUGGAUUGUGAUGGACUUUUCACUGAUGACUAGCAUGCAGAAUGGAAAGUUCAACUUUACGCCAUUCCUAUUUGUGUUCAUCUGGCUUUUCCGUGAGUUCACAUCGCCGUUCAUCUUUAUCAAAGCAGUUCUUGCCCCAACCAUUGUUUGGAGGAAUAAUAAAUUCAAACUAUCAUGGGGCGGCCGAAUUCGAACAUCGAAAAACUCACAAAAAGUACCAGAAGCAGUUUCAUUAUCGAAAGGAGCCGUUUAAUAUUCUUAUAACCAAUUCGUAGGCACGCAUAGUUUGUAGAAAACAAUCGUCUCCUGUGAUAUGAUCUCUACUGUGAAAUUUCAAGUUGUUCUGUUUUUUUUUCUUUCAUUUUUUCUUAAUCCUACUUUUUCAAUAAUAAACGUUCUUAUUUGAAU